UAUAAAUAUACGUUGCGUCAUUUUUCUUUUUUUUUUUAUUCACUUCUAUUACGUCGAUAAUAAAUUGAUAACAAACAUUGCCUAUACAUGUGGCUUAUCUAAUCAAAAACAAGAAUAUUGGAAUGUUUUCAUGAGAAAUAUUCCUUCUCCAUAAAUUGGGUUUAUUAUUUCUGACAAGAAAUUGCACCGUUUUUUUUUUUCUUUUUUUUUCUUUUUUCUUUUUUUUGGCUAUAUCUCAUAUCCUAAUAAAUGAAUUAAGUGAGUUAUAAAUGAAUUAAGUGAGUUAUAAAAGAAGUAUUUCUUAAAAUGGAAUGAAUAAAGUCAUGAAUUCGUUGAAAAAUAAAUCUAUGUAUGCGUGCAUAGAUAUAUUGCUAUGCAAGUCUCUGAGAAUAACCACGGCCGAUGCACUUAGGCGUUGUUGACUUGGCAUUCUAUUUAAAAAUUUGAAACACGUUGUUAUUAAUGUAAUGAUACGUAAUCUGUAAAUUAUAUUAUUUUUGCAAUCGUUACUAUUUGUUUUUUGAUAUAACAAAUAACAAUUAACAUUUCAAAAAAGUGCAUCUAUAGAAUAUGAUGAAAUAUCUGAUAAAAUAUUUGAUAAAAUUGCAUUAGAAAAAAGAAAAAAAAAAUCAACAUACAUUAUUAUAAACAAAAAAGUUUUAUUACAUUUAUUAUUUAUUAAACAAACAAAUCCGUUCGAAUUGACGUAUAUCAAAAAGAUAGAAAAAAAAAAGAUUUUGGAUGUGUUCUAGAAUUUCCAUAAAAUGAAACCAUCAAUAGUAUUGUCUCGAAAUUUCGAUGAAAGACUCGAAUGCAUCCCUCCUUACACGUCGCUUCACCUGGUACAGAUAUAAAAGCACGUCACGGAGAUCUGUCGACUCAGUAAACGUGCAACUAACAACGAGUGAAUACUCUAAUAGAAGAAAAAUAUCAUUGAGACAGUGAUUACAUCAGAUUUCAAUUAAACGUGAAACAUAAUAGAAACGUUUUGAAAAAAAAUAAUAAAGGUGCAUUAAUGAGAUCGAAAAUGUCGCUAAUCCCAAAAUUGUUUUCUCAUUGGUGGGAAACAUUGGAGCAACCACAUAGAUUGUAUGAUCAACGUUUUGGCAUGGGAAUUCAUCCGGAACAAUUUUUUGGAUCAUCCAUGUUAGACAAAUUGGAAGGUAGAAGAUUUUCACCAUUCUCAGCGUCCUCGGCAUUUUAUAAAUAUUAUCGACCAUGGGCUGAUCUUAUUCGCGACGAGGAUAACAGUGGUUGGUCUGUUGUUAAAAAUGAUAAGGAUAAGUUUCACGUAGCUUUGGACGUUCAACAAUUCAAGCCUGAGGAAGUUAACGUCAAGAUCGUUAAUAAUUACAUCGUUGUCGAAGGCAAACACGAAGAACAACAGGACGAUCACGGUGUCAUAUCCAGACACUUCGUCAGAAAAUAUUUGGUACCUGACCAAUGUGAUCCUGAGAAAGCAACAAGUUCUUUAUCUUCCGACGGUAUCCUGACAAUAACAGCACCUAGAAAACCAGAAGCUAUUGAAGAAAAGAAAGAACGAGUUGUUAAGAUCGAACAUACAGGGAAACCAGCGUUAGAAAACGAUGAUAAGAAGAUGACUACUUCGCAACAAUAAAAAAAAAAAAAAAAUAAAAUCCUAUUCAUUCUACGUUCUUCUUCGUUCAUCUUUUCAUUGUAUUCUGUUAUUAUUUUUUAUUAUCUCUUACAAUGAUCCAUUUGUUAUAAUAUAUUGUAAUAUAUAUUAA